UAAAUAUUUUUUUUUAGAAUUCUAGAUAUUUAGUGGCAGUCAGUUGUGGUGUUGUUGUAUUUAAUUAAGGUAAUUUUGGUUGUUAUUAUUAUUAUUUUUGUUCCAUAAUUUUAUUGUUUUUUUAGGUUGACAGAAGUGCUGCAUUCAUUCCAAUAGUAGUUUUUAAGUAGUUUGGUUAGCUUAUUAUUUUGCAUUGUACUAUAUUUGUAUUUUUUUUUUAAUUUUCUAUUUUUCUAUUUUACUUUUCGUUAUCGCGGCUACUUAUUAACAAAAACAUAUUUAUGCUCUACACAUUAUCCUUGUAGAGGAUAAAUAUAUCGAGUAGGUAGCGUGCUACUGCAAGGAGGUUUGAUAAUUUGUGUCUUCUGACAUAAAUAAAUAAGAAAAAUACUUUUUUUUUGUCUUCUAAUUUGAUGAGAAAACAUGACAACGUAAUGUGUAAAGUAAACAAUAUUAUUGUCAUUCGUUGUUUUUAUUUUCAAUUAUUGUUCGUUCAACGGUUUGCCUAAGUGUUAUAAUUUUCAGUUGUGACUUCAUAAGCAUUUGUAAAGAGAAUAUUACCUAUGAGUUUAAUUAUCGGAGUUAUACGUGUUGGUGUUGUCGGAGUGUUAGUAUUUUUAAACAGAAGUCAUCUGAUUGAAUCGUAUCAUGUUUUACGGAAGGGCGUGCCAAAGAAAAUGAUGAAAUGUGUUGAUCGUGGAGUAUUAAGGAAUAUUACGAAAACAGAAUCCAGGAAAUUCGAUAUGCUGGUAAGUCUGGGUGAGAAAUUUAUCAACGCAGGUAUUCAAGUCAAUUUAGAGCCUGCAGCUGCAGUAUCCAGUAGUAUUGAGAAAGAAAAGUUUCAAAAAAUGAAGGAAACAAAUCUGAAAUUGAAAAAUAGGUUGACGAAAUUGGAAGGUAAAUAUAUUUAUGGUUACCUGCCAUUUGUUUCAUAA